GUAUGCCUUAUCUUUCAUUUGAACUUUUAAUGAGGCUUUUGUACACUGCGAUUUCUUUAAUACCAAUAUAUAAUCAAAUAUAACGUGAACGCCGACGGUCAUUUUCGUUUAUUUUGUUUUUUUGGAUGGUCAGAAAAUCAAACGAUAUAACAUGCCGCUGUUAGUUGCCAUAUUGGCAGUCGCUUUGACAAGUAUUACAAGUGUUCGAUGCGACUAUGCCUGUAUAUGCAGUUACUUGCCGGACAUCGUUGUCUACAGUAGCCCUGAUAACUCCAGCUCCUCGCUCGGUCACAUGUUCGAGUUUGACUGCAAGGCGACCGGUCCUGUCAGCGGCGUUGAUGCAUGGUUAUCUGUGCAGAUUCAGAAUCAGGUAGGGUACAUUCAGGCAGUAGACAACUUGCAACAGCAGAACUGUCCAGGAAGUAUUUCCACCAGCGAUAUUGUAACGACAUCGACACCAGUCACCACCACGAACGCUGAACACUCGUCAGCGAGUCAUCAUACAAAGAGUACAACUCCCCCUACAGCCACAAUGUCCACUGAAACUGAAACGGAUCGGACGGUGACAAGUCCGCCGAUGCCAACGUCAACAGAAGAAACAACUACCGAGUCAACGAUGCCUUCAAUGUCCACCACAGCAACACCGCCUACAACUACGACGGAACAAAUAGUGACGACAACUUCUCCACCAACGACAUCGUUUUAUGUACAAACGGGAACAAGCAUGUCGCCAAGCCCUGUUCUAGGAGUUCAAUACGGCUGCGCACCAGCAUUCUUCUCGCAUGCUACCCUGCACCAUGGUAAGCUGUUCACAAUUGGUCAGACGUGCUUCGAGCUUGUAACGGAGACGAGGACAUGGUCCAGUGCUGAAAGUGACUGCAAAAAUCGUGGCGGACAUUUAGUCCACAUUGAAAACGACGAUCAGCAGAACAAAAUCUACCAAAUCGUGAGACAGUAUCAUGGUAACGAUGUUUGGAUUGGGCUCAACGAUAAGGUUACCGAAGAACAUUUCGUUUGGUCUUCAGGACAUGCUGUAAACUAUACGCACUGGUAUCCUGGUCGCAAAACGUCCGUACCAUUAAUCGAAGAAGACUGUGUUGCAAUGUGGAUGACGCAUGGUGGACAAUGGGAGGACGUGCGUUGUGAUGGAUUCUUAUCGAACGACUACGGAUACGUUUGUGAAUUCGAUGCAGUUGUUUCAACAACAACAACUAGCAAUCCAGACACUUUGAUGAACACGGAUGGCAACACGCAGUCGUGUCCCCACAUGACUACUUCAAUUGUUGCACAAUUUGGUAAAAGCUGUUACGCAUUGUACCGCGACGUCGAGGUUUGGAGUCACGCUGAGCAGACGUGUAGACUGAGUGGAGGUCAUCUUGUUCACAUCAACGACGCCCAGGAGCAGCAGUACAUAGCGUUGUUCAUUAGGAGACAUAACCAAACAACACCUGCUUGGAUUGGACUCAGCGACAGAUCUGUUGAGGGGCGAUUUGUUUGGACUGACGGUGUGGCGGCCGCCUAUACAAACUGGUUGCCAGGACGAGUGACGCAUGGUAGUGACGAGGACUGUGUGGCGUUGUUGCCUAGCAACGAUGGGGCUUGGGACGAUUUCAGCUGUGGACGAACCAAUUUCUUCGGCAGUGACGUAGGCGAACAACACAACCCCUUGUGCGAAUAUGCAAACUCUAUUGCGUCGGUGCUUGUUGGCUAAAGAACAACUAUCGAGCCAAACAAUUUGAUAAAUGAUGUUGCUUGGACAGCAUCAUAAUCGUCGUUAUUGUAAUCGUCAUCAUCGUCAUUGUAAUGGUUAUCGUUUUCACCAUCAAGAUAUCCAUCAUUUAUUGAUACCUGCACACAACAAACCAGAAUUAUUUCUGUUAAUUAAUGAAAUUGACCCUGCUUCUCAAACCGAAUCUUUCACUAUUAAAAGCGGAAUUCACGUC